CUGGAAAACAUCGCCACUGACAGGCUAGCGUAUGCAAAUAGAGGAAUGUUUACAGUGUUUACAAAAUAGCCCGAAAAAUGACCUUCGAGGAAGAUUUGAUAGCAAAAGUUCGUGCAAAUGAGGUGCUGUACAAUGUGAAAAAUGUGAACUACAGACGGAAAACGGACAAGGAUCGGCUGUGGCAACAGAUUGCCUAUGAAUUAAACUCCUCAGUGGAUGCUUGCAAGCGACGGUGGAAGAGCUUGCGGGACAAGUACAUCAAGCUGAGCCGCGUGGAACAGUCGGCACGGGGAACGUCAGAUGAGGAGCACCCGAAGAAAUGGCGAUACUACGACAGCUUGACAUUUCUCCAGGGAUGCAAAGCAACACUAUCUACCAGCCACUUCCUAGAGAACAUGUAUCUCAGCGAGGAUAGAUUUAUAGAUAUCAAGUGUGAACAUCCGCUAGCGCGACCAUUCGGGCGCGAUGAUACCACGGUGGCUGGCACCGUAGAUGCGCUCAGUCCCGGAAUCGUAUCAGGUGAACGGUUUACAAUAACCGAAUCCCGUGGCCUUACCACGGGGACACACGAGCUGUCGAGCGGUGCCAGCAGUGGAAGCCGCAAGCGCGAGCUAGAUCUUAUCGAGUCGGAGUGCAUCAAAAUCAUCCGGUCGGCGGCAGAAGCGGUGCAAAUGGAAGCCAACUCCCACAUUCGCCGAAGCAGCACGCAGCUCCUGUUUGAGGCAUUGGCACAGCGAAUCGACGAGGCGAAUCUUCCGGCCAGCCGACUCAAUGCCAUCCAAACAGCCGUCACCAAUCUGGUGUACUCGUCCUUAUGAACGGCACUCGAAAGGAGAUUUAGAGCUAACCAGUAAGCUGCUGUUUUGCAAAUAACAGUGGAAACGUUAAAUAAUUUAACUAUUUAAGAAUCUUAGCAAUGAAAGAUGCUUGCAAGCCAUGCACAAAACAUGCAUUGGGGAUGAGGGUUUUUUUGUCCCCCAUAAACCUCAAACCGCUGCAAAUUAUAGUGCUCUCUUUGGCUACGGGAAUCGAAAGCGGAAAAGCCGAAACGGAUGAUUGUAUAAGUUUAGCUUGUUAGGUUAUCUCCAUUAGCUUUAGACACGCUCAUUUUUAGAAAACUUUUCUAACGUUUGACCGAAUGUAUUCAGCAACGAAAAAGAAGAAGGGAAUAUUGUUUGGCAAACAAUGCAAAACAAACGCGUAUGGCUCCUGUUUACUUACUUAUUUGUUUUACGCAUAGUAUAGCAGCAUCCCGGUACAACAAUCUACGACGAUAUGUAACGGCUACUAAAGGCAAUAAUAAAGCGUAUGUUAUAUGUGCUUUUAAACUA